AUGGCUAGUUUAACUUCAGAAAUCAAAAAACGUGGAUCUAUCAAAGCUAGGUUAACUAACUUCACGAAAUUCUUAAAAACUGUUAGCGAUAAAUUAACCUUCAGUGACUUUGAAUUGAUUCAAAUUGCAGAACGACUUGACGCGGUUCAAAUAGUAAAAUCUGAAUUUGAUGAAUUGCAAAACGAGAUAGAAAACUCAAUUGAGGAUGAUUUACUUCAAGCUCAAUACGAGGAAAGAGAAAACUUUGAGUCGAAUUACUUUCAUCAAGUGUCAAUUGCCAAAAAGAUUUUAAAGGACAAUGAAAAGCAUGAAGCUCCUCAAUCUGGUGUUUUUCCAUCACAAAUGUUGAACGGAAAUCUCAUUCAAGGUAAUAAUGUAAGGUUGCCAACAAUAAAUUUGCCUAAGUUCGAUGGCUCCUAUCAGAAUUGGUUAGAAUUUCGAGACACAUUUCGUUCCUUAAUUCAUGAGAAUGCAUCAAUAGGUGAAAUUCAGAAAUUUCACUAUUUGAGAGCUUCGCUCGAAGCAGAAGCAGCUCUUAUAAUUAAAUCGUUAGAAAUCUCUUCACAAAACUAUACAUUGGCAUGGAAUGCGUUGAAAGAACGGUAUGACAACAACAAACUCUUAAUAUACAAUCAUGUAAAGUCUCUUUUUUCAUAUGAAUCCGUCCAAAGGGAAUCUGCCCAUUCUCUGAGGAACUUGAUCGAUGUAUUUUCCAAAAACUUAAGAGCUUUAGCACAAUUAAAUCAACCUGUGUCACAGUGGGAUACUCUUCUAGUAUACCUGAUAACAACCAAAUUAGAUGUCACAACUCUCCGCGAAUGGGAGAUUUACAAGGGAGACCUUGACGUUCCCAACUUCGAUGAUUUCAGGGCAUUCGUAAAAAAUAGAGCCGAUAUGUUUGAGAUGGUAGCGCACAAUCAGGCAGACAAACGUAAAGCUUUCAAUUCGGGACGAAAUUCUCAAACGAGAGGUCUUCUCAGCACCGAUUCAGGAACUAACUCAGUUAGCUGUGUAAUAUGCAAUGACGGUCAUUUCAUACAAAACUGUAAAACCUUCUUAGCUUUAGCACCCAUCGAUCGUGAAAAGAAAAUACAUUCUUUAAAGUUGUGUACAAAUUGCUUAAAGAAGGGACAUUUCAACAAAGAUUGUCGCCGCGGAAAUUGCAGGAAGUGUGGGUCGAAACAUAACACUCUUCUGCGUAAGGGUACGGAAAAUAUUGGAAAUAGCUCGAACGACAAGGAAAAAUCCGCCGCCGCAAAGACCACCGAAGACAAACCAACAAUAAAUCUUUCAGCUUGUAGUUCAAUUUCUCAGGUUAUUCUUUCGACAGCGUUCGUGCAGGUAGAUGACAAUGAAAGACACACUCAUAUCGUCAGAGCGUUACUAGAUUCCGGUGCUCAAUCUAGUUUCAUAACGACAAAGCUGUGUAAAAACCUUAAAUUCAGAACUGAACCUGUAAAUAUCUCUGUACUAGGCUUAAAUAACUUGUCUUCCAAUAUAAGUUCAAAGUGCGUAUUAAGGUUCGAGAGCAUCCAUAAUGACUUUAGCAUUCAAAAAUGUUUCUUCGUGAUCAAUGAAAUCGCUGGUGACAUACCGUCAGAACCAAUAGAUGUGUCGAACUUCAAGGUCCCAGAACAAAUUAGUCUGGCUGAUCCGAAUUAUCACACUCCGGAAGAAUAG